AUCUCCUUCUCCUCCAUGGAUACCUUCUCAAGCUCUGUGUCAACCCUCAAUGUCUCCACUCUCUAUUCCACCACAUCGUCUCGCGAGCUCCACCACUUCAAUCCUCAAAGUCCCAGAAAAACUCACAAACUUCCUCCGCAACCACAGCCGCCCAACCUCCUCCACAGCCUCCACUCCACCACCACCAAACCCAGCAGCUUUAUCUCCACCAAGACCCCAUCUUUUCUUCAAAAGCCUCCCCCGUUAUCUUCCACCCGUUCGUUCUCCAACCCCAUCCACCUCUCCUCUCCGCCGUCUCCGAACCUCCACAGAAACCCGGCAGCUGGGUACGCGGCGGCUCUCCUGGACAUAUCCCAAUGCUACAGUUCUGUGCAUUUGGUGGAGCAGGACAUCCGGAGGUUCUUAAAAUUACUCCACAACCGGAAGGUGGAAGCUGUUUUGGCCAAUCCCUUUGUGGGUUUGGAAGAGAAGGGACAGGCGGUGAAGUUGGUGGCCGAAAAAGGCGGAUUCAGCAAGCAUUUGGUGAGCUUGGUGAAGAUGUUGGUGGGGAAGAAGAAGGUGGGGAUUGUGAGGGAAGUUUUGGAGGAGUUUCAGAGGAUUUACAGUGAUUUGUGUGGGGCUGUGAAGGUGAAGAAGGUGAGGAAUUCCUUUGCUGUAUGAUUUCUGUAAGAAAUGUAAAGAUUGCAAAUGCUGCAAAAACGACUGUUUGUAGUUUUUUUAUAUUUUAAUUUGAAUGCAGAAAUCCCAAUUCGGGAUUUUCAUGGUUGCUGCUGAAA